CGAAUGCAUAAGCGCAUAUCUGUGAACCAACGGAGUUUCUCUUUUUUGUAUAUAUAUGACAAAUAAUAAAAAAAAAAAUUUCGUACCCUUUUGUUUCGCCCUUUUUUUUUCUUUUUAUACAUAAUCAUAAUAUGGAAGACGAACAACGACAAGGUUAUUCACCAAAGCGAUCAAGAAAAUGGUUGUAUAUAGGCAUUGCUAUUGCAGUUGUGGCAGUUUUAAUUGUCAUUAUAGUACCAGCAGCAGUAGUCACGACAAAUAAGAAAAGGCAAUAUCAAAGCGAUCCUUCCUCUUCUUCUUCUUCUUCUCCUCCCUACGCAAAGGCUCAAUCGAAGUAUUCCAAUCUAACUCGAGUCAAGCAAUUGAAUGAACUUGCCAACAAGAGCAGGAUCUUUGUCUUGGGUGAUGUACAUGGUUGUGUAAAUGAACUGGCAGCAAUGGUGGAUCUACUGAAAUAUGAUCAAGACAAUGAUGCUAUGAUCUUGGCGGGAGAUCUCACUAGCAAAGGGUAUGAUAAUCCUGGGGUUAUACGACUGGCAAAGGCAAAGAAUAUGUAUUGUGUGCGUGGUAAUCAUGAUGACUAUGUGGUUCGUUUCAAGACGUUUGAAAAUGAAAAUGGUGCUCAACGUAUGGGUCCUCCCAAGGCAGUUCUUCCUGAAGGCAAUGUAGCGGAUCCUUUGAAAUUUAAAGAUGAACAUGCAGAUAUUGCAAGAAAUUUGACAGCUGAAGAUUAUGAUUAUUUGGUACAAUGUCCUAUGAUAAUCGAUUUACCAUUUUUGAAUGCUCGUGUAGUACAUGGCGGAUUGGAUCCUGAAGUGACAAAUUAUGUUGAUAAUGAUCCAUACACUGUUUUCAGUAUUCGUGAUAUCAAGGAUGGCGUUCCCACAUCUGACAAUAAAAAAGGUGAGCAUUGGACACAAAGUUACAAUAAUGUGCAGAAAAACAAUACACCACCAGUCAAGGUUUAUUAUGGACAUGAUGCAUCUCGCGGAUUAGAUCUGGAAAACGUGACCUUUGGUUUGGAUAGUGGAUGUGUAUAUGGUGGUCAUUUGACAGCUAUUGAUAUUUGGACAAAUAACUAUACUCAACUCAAGUGCAAUAGUUUUGCAAGUCUUCCAAAUAGCAGUUUGAUAAAAUAGUUAGUUAAUUAGAUAUUUUUAUGUAUAUAUUUAUGUAUUUAGGCUCCUUUUAAUAAAUUAGAUCUAGUUUUUUUUUUUUUUUUUUUUU